AUGGACACCGAUGGUGGCAAUCGUGCAAGCAGCAGCAGCAGCAGCAGCAGCAGCAGCCAGGCAGCACCCAUUUCUGAGGCUGAGAUGAUCGAGAAGCUACCCAAGCGUCUCCGCGAGCCUUUCGAGUUUACCUGGGAGGUUCCCGCCCUUUGCCAUUAUCUCCUCAAGAAACUGUCUGGGUUCAAAGAUUUCACCAACGACAAACUCACGGCUAUGGAAUGCGAGCUGAGCAUUUUCAAGGAUGUCGUUCAGGACGAGAUCGAGUCACGAUGCGAAGAUCGUCUCGUUGAUAUCCCAAACGAUUACGAGAAGAAUGUUCUGGCGCGCGAGAUGGCCAGGUCCAUGAUCGGAUGGAUUCAGAAGUGGCUCAAAGAGCAAGUGCUCACUAGUUCUGCUUCGUAG